AUGUCAGCUCCACCAAGUGCAAAGCGACUUCAUCCACCUCAACCCUCUCAAUCACCUCUACCACCUCUAGCCGCACCUCAACCAAGGCUCAUACUCAUCGAAGCGAAUUAUGAGGACAAGUUAAGGGAACAAUACAUCUCGCUGUUAAUGAUCUGUCGAGAGCUCGAAGCUGAAAACAACCUCCUCGCUCAUCGUCAUGGACACGCUGUCCGACGUGUGGAGAAACUUGCUCAAGAGCAAAUUGAUAAAGGCCAAUAUACGAAUCCCUGUCUUAUCGUCCCUCCCGAAGAUUCAUACAUUUAA